AUGGCAGCCUGCGUCAAGAAUGCUCAGAUCAUGCAACCGAUCAGUGAGCUACGGCUCUGGCUUUCGCUGCUGUUUGCCGCAGUGCCCUGCAGGAUUCCUUACCUGCACAUACCUUCGCAGUGCCCUCCCUUACGGCUGGGAUGUGGUGCAGCUCCCGGCGUCGCUGGUGAUCGGCACCUGGGCUCCUUUGUCAGGCAGAACACACCUUCCUGCCUGGCUGCCUGCCCGGAGCACAGGCGAGGUCUUGAUGCAGAGUUGUCUUACGUGAGGAAUGAUGUGGUUAAUCACUAUGCAUUGUCCUUCAAUCUCUUAAUACCCAGCGAGACCAAUAAUCUUCACUUCAGCUGGCAUGCUAAAUCCAAGGUUGAGUAUAAACUGGGAUUUCAGGUAGAUAAUCCCAUGGCUAUGGCUAUGCCCCAGGCCAACAUUUCUCUACAAGGAGAAGUUCCUCGCACCCUUUCAGUGUUUCGUGUCGAACUCUCCUGCACUGGCAGACUCGACUCUGAGGUCACAAUAUUAAUGCAGCUCAACUUGACAAUAAAUUCAUCUAAAAACAUCACAGUUUUAAAUUUCAAACGAAGGAAAAUGUGCUACAGAAAGCUUGAACCAGAAGUAAAAUCUCCAACAUCUGAUAAAAACAGCAGCAAGGCUAUCUUCGAUCCUGUAAACGCAGCUCCCACCACUUCUACCCGUGUGUUUUAUAUCAGUGUAGGUGUGUGCUGUGCUGUUAUAUUCCUGGUGGCAAUAAUAUUAGCUGUCUUGCAUCUCCACAGCAUGAAAAGGAUAGAGUUGGAUGACAGCAUUAGUGACAGCAGUAGCUCACAAGGUUUAUCCCAACCUUCCACACAGACGACACAGUACUUGCGAGCUGACACGCCAAACAAUGCAACGCCAGUAACCA